AUGAUGAUGAUGAUGAUGUAUGAUGAUGAUGAUGAUGAUUCGGAUGAUUAUGACGAUGAUGAUGAUGAUGAUGAUGAUUCGGAUGAUGAUGAUGAUUUGAUGAUGAUGAUGAUGAUGAUGAUGAUGAUGAUGAUGAUGAUGAUGAUGAUGAUGAUGCUGAUUCGGAUCAUGAUGAUGAUGAUGAUGAUGAUGAUGAUGAUGAUGAUGAUGAUGAUGAUGAUGAUGAUGGUGAUUCGGAUGAUGAUGAUGAUGAUGAUGAUGAUGAUGAUGAUGAUGAUGAUGAUGAUGAUGAUGAUGAUUCGGAUGUAG